CUCAGGAGAGGCAAGCCUCAAAUUAUUCUUGGUGCCCACCUUGUAUCUCAGGAAGAGAAACUUGAACAGAUGUUUUCCAUUAAAAGGGCAGUUUCCUACCCAUGCUAUGAUCCUGAGACAUUUCAAGGAGAUCUCCAACUCCUACAGCUAGACGGUAAGGCAACCAUGACCAAAGCUGUGGGGAUCCUUCACCUCCCAAAGAGAGGAGACGAUGUGAAACCCCACACCAAGUGUCACGUGGCCGGAUGGGGGAGCACCAAAAGAGACUCCUGCAAAGUUUCCAACAUCUUGAGAGAGGUCAACGUCACGGUGAUUGACCGAAAAGUCUGCAACGGUCCCUCGCAUUACGACUUCAAGCAGGUGGUGGACAAGGGCAUGGUCUGCGCUGGAGGCAAGAAAGGGGAAGACGAGUCGUGCAGCGGAGAUUCUGGAAGCCCUCUGAUCUGUGAUAAUGUUUUCAGAGGGGUCACUUCCUUUGGAAAAUGUGGUGACCCCAAGAAGCCUGGUGUCUACACUCUCCUUACAGAUAAAUACCUCAGCUGGAUACAGAAAACUAUUGCAGGAACCAUAUGACAUGGUUCCUGGGAAGCAGGUGCCUGAAAUCAUCACUGGAAGAGCUCAAACAAAAGGGACUGGAACUUCUCCUAUCCCAGACAGCACUUGUCAGUCCCAACUGCACCAGCCAUGGCUUGUCUGAACCAGUCACCAACUACCUGCUUGCACUGCUAAGACUGCAGCUUCACAUUUAACUCUCUCUAUGGCGAGAGAGAGAGCCUCGAGAAGAGAGAGAGCCCUGCCUUCAAAAUAACCUUGCUUUAUUCAGAUAGUGAGGCACAAUGCUUCCCUAUGUUCUGCUUAAAAGAAGCCAAUCCCAGGGAAAGCCAGAAUAAUCUAUGCUCUCCCAAAUACAGACCCCCAAAUACCUGCGGCCCUUCCAAUUUUGUGUGUGUAUGUGUGAAUUUUUAUUAUUAUUGCAAAUAGAUUAUUCUCAGGUCUGGAGAGAUGGCUCAGAGGUUAAGAGCACUGGCUGCUCUUCCAACGGUCGGUCCUGAGUUCAAUUCCCAGCACCCAUGUGGUGGCUCACAACCAUCUGUUGCCCUCUUCCGGCUUGCAGGUGUACAUGCAGACAGAACACUAUACAAAAUAAAUCAGAAAGAGAGGAAGAGAGAAAGAAAAUAGAUUCUUCUUUCAUAUAGUACACCCCAACCACAGUUUCACCUCCCAUCACUCCUCCUAGCCUCCCUCACCUUCCCUCUCCCACAGAUCCACUCCCCUCCAUUUCCUCUUCAGAAAAAAAAGCAAGGUUCCAUGAGAUGACUUCCAGAUGGAACAAAACAAGACACAAUAAGAGAAGGCAAGAGCCCUAAUAUCAAGGCUGGACGAGGCAACGCAAUAGGAGGAAAAGAGUCUUAAGAGCAGGCAAGAGAGUCAGCGAUAUACCUGUUCCCACUGUUAACUUGUUAGCUUGAGAACAUCAAGCUAACAGCCACAACAUAUACACUGAGGACCUGGCGCAGACCCACGCAGGCCCCGUGCUUGCUGCUUCAGUCUCUGUGAGCCCAUGUGAGCCCUGCUCUGUUGAUUCAGCGGGCCAUGUUCUCCUGAUGUCCUCCAUCUCCUCUGAUUCCUACAGUCUUCCCCCUCUCUCUUUUCCACUGAGUUCCUUGAUCUCCUGAGAAGAGGGACCCAAGGGAAACCUCUCACAUAGUCUCUCUCCCCACAUAAUGUCUGGCUGUGGCUCUCUGCACCAGCUCUCAUCUGCUGCCAGAGGAAGACCAUCUAAUGAC